GGAAGGUCCGCUUUAGCGAUUACGUCUCGGGAGGAGUGUUGACAUUUAUUUGAACGGUACGGGAGAAUAUGAAUAGGCGAAAAGGAAGAAUUUUUGGAAUAAUAACGAGUAGAUUUUUGUGACUCAUUUUUAUAUUGGAAUGUUUUAAUCAAUGGUGCUUGGUGUCUAUUCCAUGGCUACAUGCUAUUAAAAAACUUUGUGCGCGUGAGGGCUUUGGCUCGAACUGCAACGCGCCAUAUUGGUUUGAGACAAUUGCUCAAGUUAGUGGGGGCCUGACUGAUACAACUUUUCUAUCAAACCAACGUAGAAUUAUUUAUUUCACGAUCAUGGAGGAAACCAAAAUUAUAUACCAUAUUGACGACGAAGAAACACCUUAUUUGGUGAAGCUGACUAUAUCACCGGAGAGGGUGACUUUGGCAGAUUUUAAAAAUGUCCUCAACCGACCGAAUUACAAGUAUUUCUUCAAAUCAAUGGACGAUGACUUCGGAGUUGUGAAAGAAGAGAUUGUAGACGACGAUGCGCAUCUUCCAUGCUUCAAUGGACGAGUAGUCUCAUGGUUGGUGUCUGCCGAAGGCAGCAAUGUAUCGGAUGGUGUUUCACAUUGUACCGAUUCUGUAGCGCACAGUGACGUAAAGCAUGAUCGUGUUGAUCAUGUAACACCAGGACAUACGAAUCGUGGUCCACCACCGCUUUCGCACGAUGAUACAUUAACAGAAACUGAAAGUAUUAUAAGCAGCCGACAAGGACAUCAUUUACAUAAAAGUUCAAGACAUCAUACAGACAAAUAUGAGAAAUACAACAAAUAUAAUGGAUUGCGAAUAAAUGGUCAUUCGAAGCAUCGCUCUGGCCAUGGCUAUGAAACUGCCUCCAUAUUGAGCUCAGAUCUAGAAACGACAACAUUUUUAGAAUCGGAUGACGAUGCAAGUAGUCGUAUUACAUCUACAACAGGUCGUCAUACUAAUAUGAGUAGUGCAGUUGACAGGGCAACUUUAGAUCGACGUAGACCUCAAAGAAGAAGAAGACACAGAUUACCUCCUAUGUCUCGAACAUCCUCAUUUAGCAGUAUCACAGAUAGCACAAUGUCUUUAAAUAUCAUAACGGUUUCAUUAAAUAUGGACACUGUCAAUUUCCUUGGAAUAAGUAUUGUUGGACAAAGUAAUAAAGGUGGAGAUGGAGGAAUUUAUGUUGGAUCUAUAAUGAAAGGGGGAGCUGUAGCUUUAGAUGGCCGAAUAGAACCUGGUGACAUGAUUCUUCAAGUUAAUGAUAUUAAUUUUGAGAACAUGUCAAAUGAUGAGGCGGUAAGAGUUCUACGUGAAGUUGUGCAAAAACCAGGACCUAUCAAAUUAGUUGUCGCAAAAUGUUGGGAUCCGAAUCCAAAAGGUUAUUUUACCAUACCAAGAACAGAACCAGUGCGUCCUAUAGAUCCGGGUGCAUGGGUGGCACAUACAGCGGCUAUACGAGGCGAAGGUUUCCCACCUCGUCCGCCAAGUGCAACAACAUUAACAUCUACAUCAAGUAGUCUUGCAAGUACUUUACCAGAUACAGAACGACCACUAGAGGAACUUCACCUUACCAUUAAUACAGAUAUGCCAACAAUAGUACGUGCCAUGGCACGCCCUGAUUCGGGUCUGGAAAUUCGUGAUCGCAUGUGGCUUAAAAUUACAAUUCCAAAUGCAUUUAUCGGGGCAGAUGUUGUUGAUUGGCUUAGCACACAUGUAGAAGGAAUUAUUGAUCGUCGUGAAGCUAGAAAAUACGCAUCAUUAAUGUUAAAAGCUGGAUUCAUCAGACAUACUGUGAAUAAGAUCACAUUUUCCGAACAAUGUUAUUAUAUAUUUGGUGAUCUGUGUUCUGCUAUGAGCAGCAUGAAAUUAGAUUGUGAUACGGUUGGACCUUUGCCGCCUCCUAACGCUUGGGACAUGCCUUACUCAGGGACCUAUGCACCUCAUUCUGCGACUGGUUACAGUCCAAUGCCAUUUAAUUUUACUAAUGAACCAACUGUAUAUGGAUAUCAUAGAGAGGAAAGUGUUCAUAGUGGUUCAGGUGGUAGCAGUGCAGGUAGUGAACAUAUUUGUAAGGAACCUAUCCACGACUUGAAGUCUUGUUCUUCAGCAUCCGAAUCGGAAUUACAUAUCCCAUCUGUGCCAAGUAUGCCAAGUAAGAAUUCUGGUAAUGGGAAUGGUUCGAAUGGUAAAAGGUCAAAUGGAAGCCAUAGUCGGUCCAGUGGAUCUGAGCAAUCUGUACAGACAGGAACUGGUUCAGGAACUCAACAAAAUCAACAAGACUUAUCUGGGCGACGUAUGCACGAAGAAUGUCGCACGCAGACAAGUAAUUUGGACAACAAUGCCAGAGAUAAUAUUUGUGAGUGUAGUUUUAUUUUAAUAUUUUCUUUUAGAUUUCAUUAAAGAGCAUAGAAUGAUUACGAUUACAAGGUUUGGCUACUUGUGCGACAGUAAUCUGAGUAUGAACAUUUAUUGUUUCGAAAGAAAACUAUUAUUCUGUAUUUGCAGAGAGGCAGUACCUUUCGACAAUAGUAAAGAAAAAGAAAAAGAAAAAAAAAAAAAAAAAGAAAAAAAGAAAAAUAAAACAAACAAAUAAAAUUUAUUGCACCAUUGAUGUUUAGCAUUUGAUAUGCUUGCAUUUGUAUUAUUAUUAUAUACACACUUUUGACAGAUUAUAUUUUUGAAUUAUCAUUGCACAAACAUUAUAAUUGCAACAGAAUGUAUGUGUAUUUAAGUGUAUAGCGCCCUUUUAGUGCAGUAGAUAUAUGACAUUAUGUACUUUGGAACAUGAAAUAUUUUUAUUCUUUACAGAUGAAGAAGACAUUUUGGAGUACCAGUUUCUGCAUAAGUGAAGAUCUCUGUUAUCACAUAAUACGUAUACACAAUGACAUUAAUAGACGUUAACAGGAAGUUAUGGUAUAAUUCCACGUCGUUUUAUUAAGUGGACGGAAGUAGCACACGCGAAACAUAUGUUUAUAUAUUUAAUAGGCCAAUUUUGAUAAAAUGCUGUAGAAGGUAAAAUGUCCAAGCUCAUGUAAUAAUGAUUUAUAAUGUCUAUACAUAAUAGAAUUAAGGUCAUUGGAAUCUCUGUGUGACAAAUGUGUCCUUUUUUGAAAUGUUGUUACGGUUUGUGUUAAGUCAUACGAAACAUUUGCAGUAACAGGGGUUGUAUUACUUAUGCAGUAUUCUUUGUGCAUACAUGCAUGCAUACAUAUAUAUGUAUACCCGCGCGCGCGCGCGCGCACACACACGCACACACAUGUAUGUAUGUAUAUAUAUGUAUGUAUGUAUGUAUGUAUAUAUUACAAAUUACUGUAAACACGUGCAGGUUGACAGAGCUUAUUAAUUCUUGUAAGUACGUCAAGUAUUAGCUCCUGUUUGAUACAUUGAUGUUUCAAACAUCUUCCCAUUCUCACAUUAAUCGUUAUUAAUAAUUAUAUUUUUUCAACUUUCCAUCAGUAGAGAGCAAUCUUUGUUUCCGAAUUAUUUCAAACGUUAUAUCUCGCAGAAUCUUUAAUAUUCUUAUCUUUCUUUUUUUUUGCUUUUUAUAAAAAAGGGGAAAUUUUGAAAGCAAAAUGGAAAAGGAAAAAAUGAAAGAAGUUCACCAAUAUAAUACUAUGUGUAAACUCUUUACACACACGACAAUAUAAUUUGCCCCCGUCGUAGAAAAUAUCGAAAUAAAGAAAGUGUCGAAUUUAUAGAAUAUGGAGACUAUUUAGGCAUUUGUAUACGUUAUCUUUUCGAAGAUGGGAAACAUCUCGUUGCAUUAAAAUUAAUUGUGAUAUUAUACAGAAAUUUGAUGAAAAACUGGAACGAAUAUCAAAGGUGCAAAAUAUAAAAAAAUAAAAAAAGUAAAAAUAAUAAACAAGUAAGAGCGUAGCAACGAGACAAAAGGAAAUAUGCCGGUAUAAUAAUCUAUGUAGCCAGCAUGUACACAUACACAUACACACAUACAAAACAUUUACCAAACUGUUGAGGUCUCAACAUAGAAUCGAUAAUAUUCAUUCCGAUUUUUAAUGGGUCAUGAACGUCAUUUUUUAAGUGCGCAUACUAAAAACUCACGGAAUAUGUAUACGCAUAUAUAAACACAUAUAGAUAUACAUAUUAUAUUUAUUUAUAAAGGAAUGUAUAUACAUUUUUUAUUGUUUUUACCGAAAAUUCUUUAUGUGUAUAACUUGCGUGGAAACAACUCGUGCGUUUUUGAACCGCUGUGAGUAUUACGUAAUAAAGUAAUUAACAUUAACGACGUGUACAGAAUGUAUUUCAUUGGUGACAUGGAAUGUCUUUUUGAUAAUUCAUUAUUAUUCGUAAAAAAUUGUAAACAUUAGUAGGGAAAAACAUUAAAGAAGGCAAAAUAUAAAAUAAUGAACGCACUGUUCAAGGCAUAAAA